UCCAUCACUCUUUCAGUAAUGUCUUAGUUUAGCAUGGUAGCAUGCUACCAGUUGCUACUUAGCACUACACAACGUAGCCUACAGCUGAGGCUAAUGGACAUGUCAUUAGUUUUUUCAGGGCGGAGGACAGCGAAAACAGAGCCGAUAAUUGAAUCCGAGACGUAUUUCUCCUCCAGCAUCGAAGACGGUCGGUCUGAUAACGAGCUCCUUAACUGGCCAGACAGGAAGCAGCCUUUCCGCAUUCCAAGUUGGAUUUAUGUCCGUAACCCUGGAGAGCAGUUAUGAAGAGAGCACUUCCUUACAACUCCAGAUGGCAAGAGAGACGAUCGACUGUAGUUUAUGCGGUACGCGCAGCCACGUUGGGCUCCUGGAGGAUGCUUACCCUGGGGGCAGAGUACGAGGAUACCUGGGCUCCGUCACCUGACAGGAGGGGUUGUCCCAGUCAGCAGCUAGAGGAGGAGGUGGGGCCUGUCGAGGGGGAAGACAUCGACGCUGGAGACCCGGAGGGGCCGUCGUGGAGAGACGGUGGCACCGACACCGGGCACAAGUAUGACACAGUUUUACACCUGGACGGGCAGAGCAGAGCGGGAAGGAGAGACGGCGUGCGCCAGAUCUUCAGGAAGCACGAGACCCUGAACAGCAGCACGCCAUGGCCCCGCGGAAUGGCUCGCUUCGCAGAAGAUCUACCCACCCGCUAUGGAGGAAGCUCGGGCGGCGGAGGGAGAGGCGCACCGGGCGCUGGGAGAGGGGGAGCCCGGGGUGGUGGCGCUCAGGGUGGCCAGAGGGUGUACAAGCAGUCGAUGGCCCAGAGAGCCCGGACAAUGGCCAUUUACAACCCGAACCCUGUCAAACAAAACUGCCUCACUGUCAACCGCUCCCUCUUCAUCUUCCGCGAGGACAACCUCAUCAGGAAGUAUGCAAAGCGAAUAACCGAGUGGCCUCCAUUUGAGUACAUGAUCCUCGCUACAAUUAUCGCCAACUGCAUCGUUUUGGCCCUGGAGCAGCAUCUACCUGCCAGCGACAAGACACCCAUGUCAGAACGCCUGGACGACACAGAGCCCUACUUUAUUGGAAUAUUCUGUUUCGAGGCUGCCAUUAAGAUCAUCGCCCUGGGCUUUGCGUUUCACAAAGGCUCCUACCUCCGCAACGGCUGGAAUGUAAUGGACUUCGUGGUCGUCCUCACGGGAAUCCUGGCCACGGUGGGUUCGGACUUUGACCUGCGAACACUGCGUGCAGUGAGAGUGCUGAGACCCCUGAAACUCGUGUCAGGAAUCCCUAGUCUCCAGGUGGUAUUGAAGUCCAUAAUGAAAGCCAUGGUUCCUCUGCUUCAGAUCGGCCUGCUGCUUUUCUUUGCCAUUGUCAUGUUUGCCAUCAUCGGGGUGGAGUUUUACAUGGGCAAAUUCCACACCACCUGCUUCAAGAUAGAGACUGGUGAGAGAGCUGCAGACUGGCCUUGUGGUCUGGAGCCCCCGGCCAGGAUGUGUCCAAACGGGACCCAGUGCAGAGAGUACUGGACUGGACCCAACUUUGGCAUCACCAACUUUGACAACAUCCUGUUUGCAGUGCUUACUGUGUUCCAGUGCAUCACCAUGGAGGGCUGGGUGGACAUCCUCUACAGUACCAAUGAUGUAGCAGGAAACACCUGGAACUGGCUCUACUUCAUCCCUCUCAUCAUCAUCGGUUCCUUCUUCAUGCUCAACCUGGUGCUAGGUGUCCUGUCAGGAGAAUUUGCCAAAGAAAGAGAGCGUGUGGAGAAGAGGCAGGAGUUCCUGAAGCUCCGGAGGCAGCAGCAGAUCGAGAGAGAGCUCACCGGGUACUUGGAGUGGAUCUGCAAAGCAGAGGAGGUGUUGCUGGAGGAGGAGGAUGAGAUAGCAGAGGAGAAGUCCCCGCUGGACGGUGCGUGGUACAAGAGGAAGCAAAACCUUCCAGUCCUGAAACGAGGCAAAGUCAAGAAAGGUAAAAACGACCUGAUCGGUGCUGAGGAGGGGGAGGAUCCUUUCGCAGACAUUUCGUCUGUUCCUCCUCCUGGUUCUCCGUUUGGUCGGGCCAGUGUGAAAAGCGGCGGUAAGCUGGACAGCUCCUCUUACUUCCGGCGUAAAGAGAAGAGGACCCGGUUCUUCAUCCGCCGCAUGGUGAAAGCUCAGAGCUUCUACUGGAUUGUUCUGUGUCUGGUGGGCCUCAACACACUGUGCGUGGCCAUAGUCCACUAUGACCAGCCCGAGUGGCUUACAACGGCCCUCUACACAGCAGAGUUUGUGUUCCUGGGUUUGUUUCUGACUGAGAUGAGCUUAAAGAUGUACGGCAUCGGAGUGAGGAAUUAUUUCCACUCCUCCUUUAACUGCUUUGAUUUUGGGGUUAUUGUUGGAAGUAUUUUUGAGGUGAUCUGGGACAUGAUUAAACCAGGAGCAUCGUUUGGUAUCAGUGUGUUGAGAGCCCUGCGACUGCUCAGGAUAUUCAAAGUCACCAAAUAUUGGAACUCGUUGAGGAACCUCGUGGUUUCCCUACUCAAUUCCAUGAAGUCCAUCAUCAGCUUGCUCUUCCUCCUCUUCCUCUUCAUCGUGGUCUUUGCUCUGCUGGGCAUGCAGCUCUUCGGAGGACAGUUUAACUUUGAAGAUGAGACGCCAACAACAAACUUUGAUACCUUCCCGGCAGCCAUCCUCACUGUGUUCCAGAUUCUGACUGGCGAGGACUGGAAUGCGGUGAUGUACCACGGGAUUGAGUCUCACGGGGGCGUUCGCCGUGGCAUGUUCUCCUCCGUCUACUUCAUUGUCCUCACGCUCUUCGGAAACUACACCCUGCUGAAUGUCUUCUUGGCUAUCGCUGUUGAUAACCUCGCAAAUGCACAGGAACUGACUAAGGAUGAAGAGGAGCAGGAAGAGGCAGCUAAUAAAAAGCUUGCCCUGCAGAAGGCUUUGGAGGUGAAGGAAGUCAGCCCGAUGUCAGCAGCCAACAUCUCAAUCUCUGCUUUUGUAAAGCAAAAUCGAGAUGCACACUCUCGCAGGUCGUCCAUCAACAGCAUUCAGUCAGCUAAGGAGCAGCAGCGGUCAGCAAAGGCCAUGUCAGUGUGGGAGCAGAGGACCAACCAGCUGAGGAGACACAACAUGAGGACGAGCAGCGAGGCUUUGUUCAACGAGCUCGACCCUGAGGAGCGCCUCCAGAUGUCCUCCGCCCUCCACCUGCACCCUGACAUGAAGACUCACCUGGACCGGCCGCUCGUGGUGGAGGCCAAGAACGGCGACAAACCCAGCAGGUCUCCUGAAGGAGGACGGGAUGAGGCAGGGGAUCCGCGGCAGGACUUGACGGGUGAAAACUUCCACACGCACUCCAGGAAGCAUCACAGGCACCGUGACAGGAACGGGGAGAGCAGGGAGGGCGGCGAAGGCCGGGGAGGGAGGCCCCACACCCAUCACAGCCGGAGCAGAGAUCACAACACAGACAGUGCCCAGAUAAGAGAGAGGAGAAGGGAGAGUAGCCACAGCCGCGAUGGAGGGCAGGGACACAGGCACCAUCACCAGGCCGGCUCUCCUGAGGAGGAGGUCAAUGACUUCCGAGGAGGAGAAGAAAGAGGGCACCGCCACCAUCACUCCCAUUGUCCACCAAAAGAGGGAAACGGGAUGAUAGGGAAUGGUGCGCAGGGAGAGCGCAGGGGGAAGGGGGGAGGGGGUGGUGAUAGUAAUGGAGAGAGGAAGGGGCGCUGCUCUCGUAUGGUCAGAGCUCAGUCUACACUGGAUGGAGACGACUGUAAGAGGAACAAGAAUGGAACCAAAGGCCACAGGGAGAGGCAGUCAGAUGCUGAGGAGGACGGCCUCGCCUCCAGUCCUCAGCAGCUAAUGCGGAGUAGCCUGAGUCUUGGAGAAAAGCAAGAGGAUGCUGACAACCAGAAGAACUCCACCAGGGCCAGCCAGGCCGGCCUCAACAACAACGCCAUCCACAUCCCUGUCACCAUCACUGCCCCGCCUGGAGAAACCACCAUCAUACCCAUGAACAAUAUCGACUGCGACAACUUCCGACUCAGUGAUGAGAAGAAAGACCUGGAGGAGGAGGAGGCAGCUAAUGGGCCUCGGCAGAUCCUUCCCUACAGCUCCAUGUUCAUCUUCGGGCAAACAAACCCGGUGCGGCGGCUGUGUCACUACAUGGUCAACCUACGCUACUUUGAAAUGUGCAUCCUGAUGGUCAUCACCAUGAGCAGCAUCGCUCUGGCAGCCGAGGAUCCCGUGCAAGCCAAUGCACCGCGAAACAACGUUCUCAAGUAUCUGGACUAUGUCUUUACCGGGGUCUUCACUUUUGAGAUGGUGAUUAAGAUGAUUGACUUGGGACUGCUCCUCCACCCUGGCGCUUAUUUCCGUGACCUGUGGAACAUUCUGGACUUCAUUGUGGUCAGCGGAGCUCUGGUGGCCUUUGCCUGCUCAGGGACGAAAGGCAAGGACAUCAACACCAUUAAGUCCCUGAGGGUCCUCCGAGUCCUGCGGCCACUCAAGACCAUUAAACGGCUUCCCAAGCUGAAGGCGGUGUUCGACUGCGUUGUGAACUCUCUGAAGAACGUUCUUAACAUCCUCAUCGUCUACAUGCUCUUCAUGUUCAUCUUCGCUGUUAUCGCCGUGCAGCUCUUCAAGGGUAAAUUCUUCUACUGCACCGACGAGUCCAAGGGUCUGGAGAAAGACUGCAGGGGUCAGUUUCUGGACUACGACAGGGAUGACGUAGCAGCUCAGCCCAGAGAGUGGAGGAAGUACGAGUUUCACUACGAUAACGUUCUCUGGGCCUUCCUUACGCUCUUCACUGUGUCCACCGGGGAGGGAUGGCCACUGGUCCUGAAGCACUCUGUGGACGCCACUUAUGAGGACGAGGGCCCCAGCCCAGGCUUUCGCAUGGAGACAUCUAUCUUUUACGUGGUCUACUUCGUGGUGUUCCCCUUCUUCUUUGUCAACAUAUUUGUGGCUUUGAUCAUCAUCACCUUCCAGGAGCAGGGAGACAAGGCCAUGUCAGAGUGCAGCCUGGAGAAGAAUGAGCGGGCGUGUAUUGACUUUGCCAUCAAUGCCAAGCCGCUGACAAGAUACAUGCCCGAGAACAAGCAAUCCUUCCAGUACAAGAUGUGGAAGUUUGUGGUGUCGUCGCCGUUCGAGUACGCCAUCAUGACUUUAAUCGCCCUCAAUACAGUUGUGCUGAUGAUGAAGUUCUACGGAGCGCCAGACCUGUACGAGUCCAUGCUGAAAUACUUAAACAUCGUCUUCACAGCCCUCUUCACACUGGAGUGCAUCCUCAAGAUUAUUGCCUUCGGUCCACUGAACUACCUGAAAGCAGCCUGGAAUGUGUUUGACUUUGUGACUGUGCUGGGAAGCAUCACAGACAUCUUGGUCACAGAGAUUAAGGACAAAAUGAUCAACCUGAGUUUCCUGAGGCUGUUCAGAGCGGCUCGUCUCAUCAAGCUGCUGCGGCAGGGCUACACCAUCCGUAUCCUGCUGUGGACCUUUGUUCAGUCCUUCAAGGCUCUGCCAUAUGUCUGCCUGCUCAUUGCCAUGCUGUUCUUCAUCUAUGCCAUCAUUGGAAUGCAGGUGUUUGGCAACAUCGAGCUGAAUGAGGAGACAGCAAUAAAUCACCACAACAACUUCCAAACCUUUUUCCAGGCCUUGACUCUUCUCUUCAGGAGUGCGACAGGCGAGGCGUGGCACGAGAUCAUGUUAGCGUGUCUCAGUAACCGGCCGUGUGAUAAGCUCUCAGGAACCGUGGGGAAGGAGUGUGGAAGUGAAUUUGCCUACUUCUAUUUUGUCUCCUUCAUCUUUCUCUGCUCCUUCCUGAUGUUGAACCUAUUUGUGGCUGUCAUCAUGGACAACUUUGAGUAUCUGACAAGGGACGCCUCCAUCCUGGGGCCCCAUCACCUUGAUGAAUUCAUCCGCGUGUGGGCAGAGUAUGACCCUGCUGCCUGCGGCCGCAUGAAUUACCGCGAUAUGUACGAGAUGCUUCGCGACAUGUCCCCUCCGCUAGGUUUGGGGAAGAAAUGUCCGCCCCGGGUCGCCUAUAAGCGAUUGGUGAAGAUGAACAUGCCCAUCGCGGCUGACAACACGGUGCAUUUCACCUCCACGCUGAUGGCCUUGAUUCGCACAGCCCUGGAGAUCAAACUGGCAUCUGGGGUCCUGGCGCAGCAUUUGUGUGACGCUGACUUGAAGAGGGAGAUAAACCGAGUCUGGCCCAACCUGUCGCAGAAGACUGUCGACCUGCUGGUGACGCCACCUAAAUACAAUGAGCUGACUGUGGGGAAAGUCUAUGCUGCUCUAAUGAUCUUUGACUACUAUAAGCACACUUGUGCCAAGAGACUCCAGCAGCAGCAUUGUACAGGGGGACCUCAGAGUAAACUUGGGGCGUUGUUCCGUCCCAUGCUGCCCCUCACUCAAAUACAGGAAGUAGAGCCGCUGAUCUGCAGCCCCAAACAGCCCCUCCCAUCCCAGCCUGAGCCAGAAGCCAAGCCAGAACUGCUGCCCACUACAACCAUCAUCUCGGUUAACAGGGACACAGUACCAAACAAGAGGAGUGCCAUAAAACAUUCCCAGUCCGGAGAUGUUUCUCAGGCAGCGCACCAGAGGCCCAAAGGUCGAAGGAAACUCCAGAGAGGCCAGUCAGAGGAUGUGCCAUAUUCCACAAGACCUCAGGUACACCGACACCAAGAAUUUGUUGAACUGAAGCAGGUGGAGAACAUUUCAGACACAGAGGGAUAUCCAAUCCUGGAGGCCCACUGCAGAGCGGCUUCACUGCCCCGACUUAAUGCUGAGUACUACCGGAGCCACCCUCGCCACGCCCCUGGGACCCACCUGGCACCAAUUGUAGACCUCAGUCCCAUCAAGCGUUCAGCAUCCUCGCUGACACCACAGCUGAGGGAGUAUGACCUGGAACGGCCCGGCUUGGCCCAGUCCUCAACAGGGCCGGGGCAAGUCCAGGGCCAGGACAGAGCCCACCACCAUCACCACCACCGCUGCCAUAGACGCAGGGACAAGGACAAAGACAAGAAGCAGACGUCCCUGGAUAGAGCUGCAUCAGUACAGCCGUCCAGCACAGUUGAUUCGUUCACCGACUCUGCAGCUGAAGGUUUGUCCAGAGAGCGAGCGAGGGAGCGGGACCGCAGCCGGCCUCACGAGAGGAGGCACCACUCCUCAGCAGGAGAGAAGCAGCGCUACUACUCCUGUGAUCGUUACGGCAGCAGGGAGCAGUGCCACACCAAGUCAGCCGGUCCCAGUCGAUCCACGUCUCCCGGAGAGGGACAGGACGCUGGUCUGCUCAGACAGCAUGGUAGCAGUGUGGUCAAAGCUGGCCCUGUAACGCUCCCCUCUGGUUCGAGCACUCCGGGCCAGGGUCGCAGGCUGCUCCCACAGACGCCCCUCACGCCCCGUCCCGCCGUGGCCUACAAGACCGCCAUCUCCUCGCCUCUCCAGUCCGGUGCCAGCACCGCUACGACGGGGCACCAGACUCGCUUCAGCCGUGGCCUUUCUGAGCACGAACGCUUACACUGGGGCCACGACGAGUCCCCGAUACCGGUGACCCGCAUCGGUUCGGACCCUAAUUUAAACCGGCAGCCGCAGGUUGCGUCUCAACAUGCCCUCCUCGAAGAGGACUUCCAGGACACUGUGAACAGCCAGGGAGGGGGACGCUCUGCCAGAACCGCUGCCUCAACAACAGCCUCAGCUUCACACGGACCUGCCGCUGUGCCUGUCACAGCGGCCGCCACGCAGGGCCGGGCGGGCGGGGGGGUGCCCAACGGCUACCACUUCACCCUCGGAGUCAACUCUGCGUCUGGGCCUGGGAGCCGAGGAACAGGAAGUCUCAGGGAGAGGGAGGAAGAAGACUGGUGCUAAUAUGGCAGGAAAGUGUUAGCUGAGGACGGACAGCUUCUCAGUGUUUUACAGCACUCACGUCCAAUGAGCUGAUAGGAGCCCAGCGGAUUAUUACAGAAAGAAAGGGAGUGGAAGGAAAAAGCCAGUGGUAAGUGCUGUGAAAGGGGAUCAGAAAUCAUUCCAGCUUUGUAGUGUUACUCUUUUUUUUUAUACAACAAACUUUUAAGGGAAAAUGACACUGAUGACUUUUCUACCCCCUUUACUUGCACUGAAAUUAUAGCACCUGUGAAGACCCUUAAGUAUUUUGCCUUGGCCAGUAAAAUCAGUGAUGGAGCAGAAGACAAAAACCAAAACCUCCUCAUUCUUUGAGUGAAACUAUGAAGUGCGUUUCAGACGGAUCUGAAUACUUGUAUUCCUGGUGUUAAUAUGGCUGUUCACACAACACUCUUUUUAUUUUUGUAUGUUUCAUUUUGUCUAUAGUUGCCAUGUAGGUGAGAGAAGAGUCAACUUGAUCGUAUUGAUGCUUCCACCAAAUUAUCUUUUUUUUUUGUUAUCAUAAGCUAUUACUUUGGGGUUAUAACCAAAUUCUGACCAGAGCCGAUAUUAGGACUAUUUGAUGUAGGUCUGAAACCUCUGCUGUGAUAAGGGACUCAGUGAGUAAUGGG